CGAAGAAGAACGAACUUAUUAAUUAAUUUACUCAUCCGUGACGGAAAGAGUGAAAUACAAUCUCAUCCUUCUAGGAAAGAGAAAAAUUAAAUAUUUAUUCAUAAAUUAUUUUCGAAAUUUAUUUAUUAUAAGAAGGUAUCUUCUUUCUAUAUAAAGUUCAAAUUUUUUGUCCUUCCUUUUAAGUGCAUUUUUUUUCAACAACGGCUACCGGUACAAGAAACGCAAUAAAACAAGGUGGUACGAACCUUUUAUCAUACGAAUUAAUUACUAAUUCACCAACACGAAUACGAAAUAAAAAAUUAAACGAUAUUUCAUCUAUGCAAGAAAUGGAAACAACCCCAAUGGAAACUCAACAACUUCAUUCAAGUCAAAAAGAAGCAAUAAAGAAAAUAGCUGAAUUUUCAGGAGAAGCUAAUGAACUCGAUAUCGAUGAAUGGUUAUUUGAUUUAAAUAAUUUAUUUUCAUUAAUGAAAUUAAAAGAUGAAACAAGAAUUCUUGAAACAAUGGACAAAUUAACAGGACCAGCAUUACGAUGGUAUCAAGAAAACUUACGAUCAUUUAUCAACUGGAGUGAUGCUGAAAAAGCAUUACGAGAUCGAUUUAAAGAAUUUACAUCAGACAGUCAAUUAAUGCAAGAAUUUUUUUAUAUUUAUCAAAAAGAAAACCAAUCUGUUAUAUCAUUUUAUGAAAAUGUUAUUCGAAAAUAUAGAAAGUCUCGACAAUUUAUUACUGAACAACAAGUUAUUACGGUAUUACAGAAUGGUGUAAAAAAUUCAUUAAAGGAACAUUUAAUUCGUAAUGAAAAAGAAAUUAAAAAACCAGAAGAAUGGUUGCAAUUUGCAAGAGAAGAAGAAUAUAUACAAAAACGAAUUCAACAAAAAAUUAACGUUCCACAUCAUGAACCAAAGAAUUUACCAUUUUUUGAACGUACAUUAUCAACUGCAACAAUUCAACCAACGUCAACGAAUAUUCAGUUAUCAAGUCAACAACCGUCUACAUCACGUCAUUAUUAUAAAAAACAACAUCAACAACAAUCAACAUCAACACGUAGUCGAACAUACCCAACACAAAAUAAUUAUAUGACCCUUAACCGAAAUCAAGAAAAUUAUCCGAAAAAGGAAACUCAGCAAUCAACUCCAUGUUUAAUUUGCAACAAAAACAAUCAUACAACAAUUAAAUGCUUUCAUAAGAAGAACAAUGGCUGUUUUAAAUGUGGACAAUCAAACCAUCAAGGAUCGGAUGAUGGCGACGAUCCCUGUGGAGCCAAAAAGUCAUCAACAACAACAACAUUUUCUCCCGUUUUCGUCGAAAUUUUAUGCAACAACACUCCACAAAAAGCGCUCAUCGAUACCGGAUCGGCCAUCACUAUUAUACAUCAACAUCUAUUAAAUGAUAUACCACAUGAAAAAUUAAUACCAAAAACAAUAAAUCAUUUAUCUGCAAACUGCUCAACAUUAGAUAUUAUUGGUGAAAUACCUUUAGAAAUAAAUGUUAGUGGAAUAAAAACAACAAUUAUUGCUGAUGUUACAACAAAUCUUGUUACAAAUUUGAUAUUAGGUAGUGAUUGGAUUCAAUCAAACAACGUUUAUAUUCUCACACCUGAACAACGAAUUAUGAUCCGAAGUCGGGGUAAAGAAGUAUCAACUCCUUUUGUUACACCACCUCUUCUAAAUUAUCCAGCUACUCUGAUUAACUAUAUUACUUUUCCUCCUUUUUCAGAAAAAAUAGUAGAAGCAAAAGUUCAACCUAACAAUAUGACUGACAUAUUAUUUGAACCAAAUCCUCGAUUAAAAAAUAAAGCAUUAUUUACUGCAAAUGCAUUACUCAAUAUCGAAAAUAGCAAAAUUAGAAUUAGUAUAAUUAAUGCAACUAAUCGACAACAAACGCUUUCCGAAGGAACCAAAUUAGGUAUAGUGACACAAGUAUCUUCUACAAUUGGUGUCACCAUGUCAUCAAAUUAUUUAACAGAACGCAUUCCGGAAGGAAAAACGUGUAAAGAGCUCAUUCCUGAAGGGAAAGGAGCGAAUAAAUCAAACAAAUUAAAUUUCAAUAAUAUGCUGACUACAACAGUACAUGGAAAACAACACCAAUGUCGUGAAUGUUACCGAAAUUUUGAUACUGGCAAUGAAUUAUUUAAACACCUUAGAAACAAAUGUUAUCCUGAAGAAAUAAGACAGCAAAUAAACAAAUUAACCGAACAUAUUAGUGAUGAUAAACAACGGGAACACAUUUUAAAAAUUUUAUGGAAAUAUGGAAAAUUAUUUGAUAUUAGGAGACCAUCAAAAAUUGAUAUUGUUUUAAAAAAUGCUAUUGAUACUGGUACACAUCGACCAGUCCAUACUCCACCAUAUAGGAAAUCGAACAAAGAUCAAGAAACCUUA